AUGGGCCUCCCUCGCCUCGCCGUCUCGAGCCUCGCCGCUGCAUCCGCUCUCUUGACAACGCCCGUUUCGGCCGACAAACCAUACCACACCGAUCACGGGUCCUACCAAAAUGGGGCACUCGGUGACACACCCACGCAAUCCUUCCACUCUUCCAAGGUCAAGGCGCCUAUAUAUCAGGUCAACUACUGGGACCCGGACAGGGUCGACACGGAUAGCCCGUACAUGUUCAUGGCCGGCAAGUACGGUAAAUGGGGUCCAAGCAUCGUGUCGUCCAAGGAUCUGAGUCUGGUCUGGGCGGACCAGGUCUACAAUGGCCUGGCGCAGGUCGCGAAGACGUGGGAGGACUGGAACGGCCAUGGGAGGGUCAUGUCGUCGUACUCGGACGGCCGAGUCCGCGUGUACGAUCAAAACUACAAACAGCUCCACGUGUACGAUGGACGGGGCGACCUAAAUGGCGUGGUCCCCGACUCGCACGAGGCUGCCCUUACCCAUGACGGGCAUAUCCUCAUGUUCCUCUGCCCGGCUCGGGACGCGGAUCUAUCCAAGGUGGGGGGCCCCGCGGAAGGCAAGAAGAUUGCAGACUGCACCGUCCAGGAGAUCGUGCCGGGCACUGCCGACGUCCUCUUCGAAUGGGCGACCUCGGACUUUUUCCGACCCGAGGACAGUGUGUGGGAUUACAACAACGAAGAUGUCUGGGACUACUGCCACAUGAACGCGGUCGAGAAGACCGAGGAGGGCAACUAUCUCAUCAGCUAUCGUCAGCUCAGCUGUGUGAUCCUGGUCAACGGCCAGACAAAGGAGGUGAUGUGGGUCAUGGGCGGCAAGAGAAACACCUUCAAGGACAUCACCCAGAACGGCACGGGCGAGUUCGGAUACCAGCACGAAGCACGCAUGACUGGGAAGAACCGGUUCACACUGUUCGACAACCACCAGGCCGAUGCAAACGGGUGGUGCACAGAAGGACAGUGCUCCCGCGGGCUCGAGAUUGAGUACAACCCGGAGACCAUGGAGUAUUGGAAGGUCAACGAAUGGUACCACCCGCAAAACCUCAUCUCUGCGUCGCGUGGCGGGGUGCAGAGGACGCCCAGUGGCAAUGUGAUUGUCGCCUGGGGCCAGAACCCAAUGUACACCGAGUACACGGCCGACGGCGAGCUCGUCAUGGACAUUCAGCGCGCCGAUGUCAAGUCAAUGGAGCAUGGCAUCUUUGAUGUCAUCACGUACCGCAUCUGGAAGGGCCAGUGGGAGGGCAAUCCGUCCUGGGCCCCCAGCAUCGCCUGCGCCCCCGACGACACCGGUAGAAGCGUGUACGUCUCGUGGAACGGUGCCACCAAGGUCGACCAUUGGGUGCUGCUCAUGUCGGACGACAAAAAGGACCUGAACGGCGCUGGCAAGGUGGUUGCGCAAUCGCCCCGGAAUGGGUUUGAGACGCAAUUCCAACUGGACGGCAUUGCCAUUGCGGACUAUGCACGUGUCGCCGCGCUGGACAAGAACGGCACCAUCAUCGGCUCGACGCCAGCCGUCGACACGAAGACCUUUGAGCUCGUCGAACUCGACUAUGACAUUGACGAGGUGAGGAGCGUCGGUUCACAGAAAAUCGACUCCGCCAUUCCUUCGUCAGCCAAGGUGACGGUGCCUGCCAACACCAAGUCGAGUGGUGAUGAUGAUGAUGAUGAUGACAAGGCCACGGAGAGCCAGGCGUCGUCCUCCAAGGCCCUUUCCCCCUGGUUUGAUUUGGUCGUCGGCGCGGUUGGUUUCUUUGUCGUUGGCCCGGCCGCCUUCUUUGGUGCGAUCACCAUCUUGCACCGCACACGCCCCAACCUUCUCUCGAAGCUGUUGCGCCGCAAGGAUGAAGCCGAAUAUGGGCUGCUCCCAGCUAGUGAAGACGAAGAGCGCCUUCGUCGCGGGUCCAAUGAACUGGGUAACGGGCCAGCAUACAACCUUGACCGCAUAGGAGGCAACUCCUCUAGAUGA